AUGUGUUUUAGAUCACUGGAUGGUGAAGGGAACUUCAACUGGAGGUUUAUAUUUCCACUGGAAUACCUACCUGCUGAGCAGGCCAUGGUGCUCAGGCAGAAGGAACACUUUUGGAGUCUGGACAAAACUGAGAAGCAUGUGCCUCCAAAGCUGAUGAUCCAGAUUUGGGAUAAUGACAAAUUCUCUGCUGAUGAUUUCCUGGGCACCUUAGAGCUAGAUCUGAACCGAAUGCCCAAACCCACCAAGAGGUCUGGCUCCUGUUCACUGGAUCAGCUGAUUAGUGCCCCAACCAUGUCACUAUUUGAGGCAAAGAGGGCCUAUGGGUACUGGCCUUGUUAUGACACCACACCAGACGGGAAGAGGGAGCUUACUGGCAAGGUAGAGAUGGAGGUGGAAAUUGUCACAGAAGAAGAAGCCGACUUGAAGCCUGCUGGGAAGGGACAAGAUGAGCCCAAUAUGAAUCCUCAUUUGGAUCCACCAAAUCGCCCAGAGACCUCAUUCUUGUGGUUUGCCUCACCGUGGAAGACACUCCGCUACAUUGUGUGGAGGAACUACAAGUGGUACAUCAUUGGCGGACUGUUGCUGAUCUUGUUACUUGUGCUCGUUAUUCUGUUCAUCUAUUCAAUCCCAGGUGUAUCUGUAGAAAAGAUCUUCGGGGUGAAUGCCUAACUUAGAGAGAGAGA